AUCCUUACAUGUGAAAAGUGAAAUCCAAAAAGUUAGAGAGCAAUGGAGUCUGUUACCGUUGAGAAUUACGUGUUCCCACCAGCAAUGGUGAAGCCUCCUGGUUCUACCAAUACUUUUUUCCUUGCCGGCGCAGGAAAUAGAGGUUUGGAGAUUGAAGGAAAGUUUGUGAAGUUCACUGCGAUCGGCGUGUACUUUGAAGAGACUGCUCUUCCUUUUCUCGCCACUAAAUGGAAAAGCAAAAGCUCCGAGGAGUUGGCUAAGUCACUCGACUUUUUCAGGGAUAUCGUCACAGGUCCUUUUGAGAAAUUCACUCGAGUGACUAUGAUCUUGCCUUUGACGGGUAAGCAAUACUCAGAGAAGGUGGCAGAAAAUUGUGUUGCCCAUUGGAAAGCAAUAGGAACCUACACCGAUGCAGAAAAUCAGGCCAUUGAAAAGUUCCUCAACAUUUUCCAGAAUGAAACCUUCCCGCCGGGUGCCUCCAUCCUUUUUACUCAAUCACCUGUUGGGGCAUUGACGAUUAGCUUCAUUAAAGAUGAUUCAAUUACUGGCACUCGAAAUGCUGUUAUAGAGAACAAACAAUUGUCUGAAGCAGUGCUGGAGUCCAUAAUUGGCAAACAUGGAGUUUCCCCUGCAGCAAAGUGUAGUAUCGCCGAAAGAGUGUCAGAACUAUUCAAAAAGAGCUAUGCCGACGCGUCAGUUUGUGAAAAACCAGGAAUUGAGAAAUCCUCCGAUACAGUGAUUGAGGAGAAACCUACCAUUCCAGAAAUUGGAGUCUAGUUAGGACAACAAAAAAGGUUAUAAUGCUGAAUCUCCUUUGUCAACUGAACCUGAUGUUGUCAACGUUGCAUGAGUAUACUAGAGGAAUGAUUUAGCCGCUUAGGCUUUUCUAGCUUCUCUACUAUGUAGUAGUAUUCAACAAGGUCCCAUCUUUGAAACUGUGUUAGCUGUGUAAUGUGGGAGGCUCAACGUGCCUUUUGAUGAAUUUAAAUCAUUAUUUAUCAAAAUAUGUUCUUACCAAUUGGACCAGUGAGCAAUAUGGGGCUACAGCUGUGAUAUUAUAUUCGUAUCCAUUCCAUAUUAAAAUA